AAUCGAUGUUCCUGUUGAUACCUCCCGUAUGGUCGGGUACAACUGCUCCCUUCCCACUACCGAAAUCGCCGGUCAGGCAUCGCAAUGCAGCGAUUUGAACGUUAACCAGAUGUGCUGCAGCCAUCAGGUAUUUUACACCAGUGAUGGGACAUACACCGCAGUGAACUGCACAAAGGCUGUGUACUAAUGAUACUUGGUGGCUGCACGGCGGUCAUCCUGGUUAUUCUUUUCCGUGCCCCAUGAACCUACCAUCCUCCAAGUCGAUCAGAACACUCUUGGGAUUUCUCGUACUUCGAUUAUAAUGGCAAUCAAUAAUGUUUUCUCAGCGCCGAGCAUUAUGGAUACUUUAAGCCUUGGACAUGCAGAAUGUCAAGAUAAAAAUGCAAUCUCUACGAAUGGCAUGGCCAUCGUUUUUUCGUCGACUGUCGGUACCGAAGUAAUCUUAAUUUGGCUCUUGAUGAUCUCAUCCCUGAACACACGGAAUGCUUCCCUCCAGAGACUCCAUAAAUUAAACGUGCGCAAGGCUAUCGCAAUCCAUCACAGCUCGCUAAUAAUGCACUUCACCUUCGGAACCCUCUUACCUAUUGCUGCUUUGUUCGUCGGCGUAACAGCCCUAAACUCGACAAGCUGCUACGACAGAGGCGACCUCGUCGAAUGCUGCGAAAUUGUCGAACCGGCCGACAGCCCGCUCAUUGCUGAGAAAGAUAUCCAGGCAGGGUAUCUCGCCGAAGACAAAUUAGUUGGAUUUAAUUGCACCGGUCCCGAAGGUGACCUCGAAGCGGGAACGUCGCGGUGUGAGAAUCCUGGCUUGGGCGAGAUGUGUUGCGGUCACGAGCUGUUCAUUGCAAACGAUGGAACUAUCACAGCCGUGAAUUGCACGAGUAUUGACGAGUAACAACUGGACUGGG